GAAAAAGGUAUAAACCUGACCCACAUUGAGUCCCGACCUUCCCGUCUCAACAAAGAUGAGUAUGAAUUCUUCAUUAACUUGGAAGGAAAGAAUGUCCCUGCAUUGGACAAUAUCAUCAAGUCCUUGAGAAAUGAUAUUGGAGCAACAGUCCACGAGCUUUCACGAACAAAGAAGAAGGAUACUGUGCCAUGGUUCCCAAGAAGUAUCCAGGAGCUGGACAGGUUUGCCAAUCAGAUCCUAAGCUAUGGAGCAGAAUUGGAUGCUGAUCAUCCUGGUUUCAAAGAUCCUGUGUACCGAGCCCGAAGGAAGGAGUUUGCUGAUAUUGCCUACAACUACAGACAUGGUCAACCUAUUCCUCGAGUCACCUACACAGAAGAAGAAAAGAAAACAUGGGGAACUGUCUUCAGAGAGCUGAAGAGUCUCUAUCCAACUCAUGCUUGUUAUGAACACAACCAUGUGUUCCCAUUGCUGGAAAAGUACUGUGGCUACCGAGAGGACAACAUUCCCCAGCUUGAAGAUAUUUCAAAGUUCUUGCAGACCUGCACUGGAUUCCGCCUGCGUCCUGUUGCAGGCUUGCUCUCCUCCCGGGAUUUCCUGGCUGGACUGGCCUUCCGUGUCUUCCACUCUACGCAGUAUAUUCGCCAUGCAUCCAGACCCAUGUACACACCAGAGCCGGAUAUUUGUCAUGAGCUCCUAGGGCAUGUGCCUCUCUUUGCCGAUCCCAGUUUCGCUCAGUUUUCCCAGGAAAUUGGACUGGCAUCUCUGGGAGCUCCAGAUGAUUUCAUCGAGAAACUUGCCACGGUUUAUUGGUUUACAGUGGAGUUUGGACUAUGUAAGGAAGGUGAUUCACUGAAGGCAUAUGGUGCAGGACUGCUGUCUUCGUUUGGGGAGUUGCAGUACUGUUUAUCAAGUAAGCCUGAGAUUCAGCCUCUUGUCCUGGAGAAGACUUCUGUGCAGAAGUAUCCUGUUACUGAGUUCCAGCCUGUCUACUAUGUUGCUGAAAGUUUUAAAGAUGCAAAAGAAAAGCUAAGGAAAUUUGCUCAAACAAUCCCUCGUCCUUUCUCCGUUCGUUACAAUCCAUACACCCAGAGGAUUGAAGUCUUGGACAAUGCAAAACAGCUGAAGAACUUAGCUGACACUAUCAAUAGUGAGAUUGGGAUACUUUGCAAUGCCCUCCAGAAGAUAAAAUGAAGAUUUGCAGUAACUUGUUAUUCAUUGGCUACUGACUAGAAGAUGCCAUGUGCAAAUGAUGGUCUUCAUCUAGCCUCAGUUUAUUAUCUUCCUGUGUACUGCAUGAAUACUUAAUGUUAUAUAUCUUAAUUAUUAUAGAUUAGCAGAGAAAUAGACAUCUGCAGGUGACCUUUGACUCUUUUGGCCUUCAGAUACUAAUCUGUUUUUUCUCACUAAUGCAUAGAAAUGAC